CACCGGCUUCCGUCGUUACGCUUCUGUUUUGUUGUUGUUUUCCCGAUCAGCUGACCUCCUCCUCCUCGAGCAAAUCUCGCACUUGUCGCGUGUCACCGUCCAUUCGCUCGCUCGCGUGCGCGCAGACAGUCCUGUGUGUCACGCGCGGUCUUCUGACGUGAAUCCGGUUAGCAGGAAGCGAACAGGCUAACUACCAGCCGAUGCUAGGAGACGCCAUGGAGGGGAUUCUGUACAAGUGGACUAACUACAUGACGGGCUGGCAGCCUCGCUGGUUUGUUCUUGAAAACGGGGUCAUCUCGUACUACGACAGCGAGGACGACGUCAACAAAGGCAGCAAAGGAUCCAUCAAGAUGUCUGUGUGUGACAUUAAAGUCCAUCCCACAGAUUCCACCCGGCUGGAGCUGAUCAUCCCUGGAGAGCAGCACUUCUACGUGCGUGCCGUGAAUGCAGCAGAGCGCCAGAGGUGGCUGGUGGCAUUGGGGUCGUCCAAAGCUGGAAACCUGGACGGUAACAAGCACGUAGGUCCAGAAUGUCUGAGGACUAAGAUGUCUGAACUGCGUCUUUACUGUGACCUGCUGGUGCAGCAGGUCCAGACCAUCCAAUCACAGUACAGCACCGGUAAUGAGGCCACACCCUCAAGUGAGGCCUCUCUGCUCAAUGCCACGUGCACAACCUUCAUUCAGACUCUGGAGGAGUGCAUGAGCCUGGCCCACCAGAGCCUGAUGCCCGACCUGAGGCCUACAGAGAAGAUGAGGAGAUCCAUCAGUCACCCAGGAACCUACAGCUUCGACAGGUCAGGCAUGCUGAAGGAGUGUGUGAGCGGAGGUCAAAGGUCAACGCCGCGCAGACCACGAACAUGCUCGGACAGCUCCAUCUAUGACGCCCAACGUCUCCUCCCGGGUCUGAACGGUGACUCGUCCUCUAUCCCAGAAGAGAGGAUGGACAGCGCCAGCCCCAAGACCACGCCCACAGACACGGACACAGACCUGUCUAUAUGAACGCUGAGGCAGAACCACGGAGGAGCUGUCGGACAUUUGUGAAGAUGUUCCUCCAAAAACCUGUCCUUUCUGCUGACCCGCUCAGGCUCUGCAGCAGCUGCUGUGCACAUGAAUGUGAUGUCCAGACUGGUUCUAGGCCACGCAGAGUUGACUCGUUCAGCACAGAAAAUGAACCGGAAUCUCUGGACAAACUUUUUCUUCUGUUUCUCUGAUCCAGAAAAUUGUGUUUCCUUGUGAGGCUUUUGGGAAACCAGUUCUGGUUCACAGGAAUCUGCCAGUGCCAUUCUGAUCAGCGGGUCUGUCGCUGCGACUGUCAGAGGGGAACAGACCCUCCUGACCCGGUAAAGACAUGAAUGUUGACGUGUGCAGCUAAAAACCAAAUAGAAAGCCUGGAUCAGAACCAGGAUCAGAACCCUGCAGGUUUGUGGGCAGGAAUCUCAGCCCAGAGGAACUGAAACAGAGCUGCUUGUGUUUCGGGUGCUGGGGGUGCUGGGGGCCUCUGUGGGAGGGGCUGGGGGCCUCUGUGGGAGGGGCAGAGGUGUCUGAAAACAGCACUGUCAAAGGCUGCAGCCAGCUUCAGUUUAGACAAACAUUUAUGUUUAUUUAUUUACAAACAUUUUCUGCGUAAGAAGAAAAGAUAAGUUUGGAAGUGAGUGGUUUUCCUCACAGACGUCAGUGAUGAAAUGUGGACUCAGGACGUCGCCCUUCAGCAGCAGGACGCCUCGCCUCUUCUCGUGCUGAGGACACGACGUCACGCGUGCCGAUGAAAAAUGUUGUUUUGUGAUCAAAUCCUCGAGUUUGUCAACCACACAAUCAUCACACUUCCACUGCCGUGCUCCACAGCUUUUAGUCAUGUCGGUGAAGUCUGAGAUGAAGCUGCUGUUUGUCUUUGAGAAAGUAUCAUUUCCUGCAGACUCCAGAUUGUUUGGACUGAAGGACGCCAAACCUCAUGAGGACGGGACACAUCUGUUUUUAAUUCAUAAGUAAAUAGAUCUGCUGGUUCAGAAUUAUUUUUUCAUUUUCUUUUUGCAGGUUUAAAAACCCUGAUUUGUUUUUGUGAAAGUAUAGCUGUUACCGAAGUGCUAAAUGUUAGUCUGACAGCUGCUGAUGUGAAUGUUUCAGAAAGGUUUAUAUUUGUUUUGUGGCAUGUGGUUUAAAUUUGUUCACCAUUUCAGAUUAUGAAGUAUGACGAUUUCAGUGAAGAAAAAAAAACUUAAAAAGCUAAGAAAUAUAUAUGAAGAACCUGGUUUUCUGAUGGGAAAAUGUGAUUUUUAAACAAGCAAAACAUUUCCAAAAGAGGUUUCUUUGUGCACUUUCAAUAGAAGAGCCAAUCAAAUGUUAUGGAUAAAAAGCCCUUCUCAUUCAUCUUUACAAUUACAAACAAAAACAAAGAAAAAA